AUGUCGACCGAGCUCAAGAACGUUGUGGUGAUCGGCGCGGCCACGGCGGGCAUUACAGUGGUGCAAACGCUCGCCAAGUCACUGCCACCAACGCAUCGCAUCGUGCUGAUCGAAGCCAAUCCGGUGGCCUACUGGUCCAUCGGCGCUCUUCGUGCCUCCGUUGCACCUGGAUUCGAGACCAAGGUGGUGCACGACCUCAACGGCAAGACCGUCUUCGGCGCGGAGACGCGACACGUCGUUCUCGCCGGAACACGCGUGGUGGACUUGCAUCCGGAGUAUGUGAUUGUCAGCCGCGACGUCUCGGGCGAACUGUCGGGUGUCGAACGCACGGAGAACGGGUCCAAAGUGGCCGUGGACCGCGUAAUUUUGGCUGUAGGGAGCGACUACGGUUUCCCCAUGCGCAUCGACCCUUCCGCUACCACGAAAGAGGAUGUAUUGGAACAGUUCAGGAAGACCCAAAAGGAGGUGGCGGCAGCACAAGAGAUCCUGGUUGUGGGAGGUGGACCUACGGGCGUGGAGUUUGUCGGCGAAGUGCUGGACGAGCACCCGAACAAGGUGGUUACGCUCCUUACGCGUGGUUCUCUGCUGGUCUCUAACGGGAAGGACGACCUGGUGGGCGUGGGCAAGAAGCUCCUCGCCCAGCUGCAGGAGAAAGGUGUACGGGUGAUCCUGGAUGAUUCGCUCGAGCUCGAGGGGCAAAAGACCGGCCCACUGGAUGGACAAAAGACCUUCACGACAAAGAACGGCAAGGAGAUCAAGGCAGACUUUCUCAUGAUUGGAUCGGGCGGCAAAUCCAACACUGCCUGGAUCAAGAAGAUCGAUUUCGACCUGGUAGACGACAAGGGGCUGAUCAAGACGACGUCCACGUUCAACCUCGACUCGUCCAAGUGGGGCAAGUACUACGCCGUGGGCGACGCAGCCAACACCCCCGGGUUGAAGACGAGUCAGAUGGCGGGCAAGCACGCCGUGCCCUGCGCGCAGAACGUGCUGGCGGCGAUCAAGGGCGAGAAGGAGACCAAGAAGGCAGCGGUGCCGUCGGCGAACUUUUUCGUGGUGCCGCUGGGCAGGAAGGGUGGGGCGAGCUAUAUGGGGGUCAUGACGGUGGGUGGGUGGCCGACGGGCAUGAUCAAGGGGAAGGAUUUGUUCCUUGGCAUGUUUGAGGGGUGGUUCAAGGCGUGA